AUGACGGGGAUCCCUUGUUCCCAUGCUUGUGCUGCCAUCAAGAUUGUGCACGGCAAUGUUUAUGAUUAUAUUGAUAAUUGCUAUAAAAAGUCAUCACAAGAAAAGAUCUAUGCUCGCAGUAUGAUUCCUGUGGUAACAACAGACAUGCCUCACCCAAAUGACUACUAUAGAAUAGAAAAUGUCAGUGAGCAAGUUUUCUUGCUACCUCCCAUGACAUCCCGACCACCAGGAAGGCCAAAAGUAAACAGGGAUGAAUCACAGUUCCAGAACAAACGGAUAUACCACUGUGGAAGAUGCCACCAGCCUGGACACACAAGGAGGAAUUGCAGAAAUCCUAACCCAUCAUGA